UGGGCUCCAGUGACCUGCCCACCUUGGCCUUCCACAGUGGUGGGAUUACAGGGGUGAGCAAUCAUGCCUGGCUCGUUAAUAAUUUUCUUCAUGGCAUUUGGGACCCCAUCUACUGCCUCUUGGUUGGAGUGGCUGCUUCUGUUAUCUUGACAUUUUUUUAAGCCAAACUUCUUAAAUUAUCAGUCCAUAUUUUGCUGGCAUCAAAUUCUCCAGCUUUAGAUCCUUUACCUUCCUUUUGCUUUAAGUUGUCAUAAAAUAACUUCCCUUUUUCUCAAAUCAUAUUAGAGUCUACAGGUAUGCCUUCAUUAUAGUGAUUUUGCACCUGUUUAAAAGCUGCAUUUUCAAUAUGAGAUAAAAAAGGUAUUUAGCAAAAAGUACACUGUUUUUGUGCCUACUGGUGUAGCUGCAGUGACGGCUUCAUGAAUUUUCUCUUUUAACAGUGGUCCUUACACCAGAUUAAUUUAUCCUGAAAUGGCGGGCAACUGAAUUGCACACCUCAAUCUAUGAUUUGACUUUUAAAGAAUUAAUUAUAUUGACUGAGAGAGAAGCCCAGGAGAGGAAGAAGAAAGAAAAGGAGCCAGGGAUGGCUCUUCCUCAGGGAUCUUUGACAUUCAGGGAUGUGGCCGUAGAAUUCUCUCAGGAGGAGUGGAAAUCCCUGGACCCUGUGCAGAAAGCUUUGUACAGGGACGUGAUGUUGGAGAACUACAGGAACCUCGGCUUCCUGGCAGGACUCUGUCUUCCUGACCUGAAUAUUAUCUCCAUGUUGGAGCAAGGGAAAGAGCCCUGGACUGUGGUGAGCCAAGUGAAAAUAGCAAAGAACCCAAACUGUGGGGAAUGCAUGAAAGGCAUGAUCACAGGUAUCUCUCCUAAAUGUGUGAUCAAAGAAUUACCACCAAUACAGAACAGUAACACAGGAGAAAAAUUCCAAACAGUGAUGUUGGAAGGACAUGAAAGCUAUGACAUUGAAAAUUUUUACUUCAGGGAAAUCCGGAAAAAUCUACAGGAGCUUAACUUUCAAUGGAAAGAUGGAGAAAUAAAUUAUAAAGAAGGGCCGAUGACCCAUAAAAACAAUCUUACUGGUAAAAGAGUUCGACAUAGUCAAGGGGACGUAGAAAACAAGCAUAUGGAAAAUCAGCUUAUAUUAAGCUUUCAGUCCGGUCUGGGUGAAUUGCAGAAAUUUCAAACUGCAGAGAAAAUUUAUGGAUGUAAUCAAAUCAAGAAGACAGUUAAUAAUGGUUUUUUAGCUUCACCACUUCAAAGAAUUUUUCCUGGUAUCCAAACCAACAUUUCUAGGAAAUAUGGGAAUGAUUUUUUGCAACUUUCGUUACCUACACAAGACGAGAAAACACACAUUAGGGAAAAACCUUACAUAGGUAAUGAGUGUGGCAAAGCCUUUAGAGUGUCUUCGAGUCUUCUUAAUCAUCAAAUGAUACAUACUACAGAGAAACCUUACAGAUGCAAUGAGUCUGGCAAAGCCUUUCAUCGGGGCUCACUACUAACAGUACAUCAGAUAGUCCAUACAAGAGGGAAACCAUAUCAAUGUGAUGUAUGUGGCAAGAUCUUCAGACAAAAUUCAGAUCUUGUAAAUCACCGGAGAAGUCACACUGGAGACAAACCCUACAUAUGUAAUGAAUGUGGCAAGUCCUUUAGUAAAACUUCCCACCUUGCAGUUCAUCAGAGAAUUCAUACUGGAGAGAAACCUUACAAAUGUAAUCGAUGUGGGAAGUGCUUUAGUCAAAGUUCCUCUCUUGCAACUCAUCAGACAGUUCAUACUGGAGACAAACCCUACAAAUGUAAUGAAUGUGGCAAAACCUUUAAACGGAACUCAAGCCUCACUGCACAUCAUAUAAUCCAUGCAGGAAAGAAACCAUAUACAUGUGAUGUAUGUGGCAAGGUCUUUUAUCAAAAUUCACAACUUGUAAGGCACCAGAUAAUUCAUACUGGAGAGACACCUUACAAGUGUAAUGAAUGUGGCAAGGUCUUCUUUCAACGUUCACGUCUUGCAGGGCAUCGGAGAAUUCAUACUGGAGAGAAACCCUACAAAUGUAAUGAAUGUGGCAAGGUCUUCAGUCAACAUUCACAUCUUGCAGUGCAUCAGAGAGUUCAUACUGGAGAGAAACCUUACAAAUGUAAUGAAUGUGGCAAAGCCUUUAAUUGGGGCUCAUUACUAACUGUACAUCAGAGAAUUCAUACCGGAGAGAAACCUUACAAAUGUAAUGUGUGUGGCAAGGUCUUUAAUUAUGGUGGAUAUCUUUCAGUUCAUAUGAGAUGUCAUACUGGAGAGAAACCUCUCCAUUGUAAUAAAUGUGGCAUGGUCUUCACUUACUAUUCAUGCCUAGCACGUCAUCAAAGAAUGCAUACUGGAGAGAAACCUUACAAAUGUAAUGUGUGUGGCAAGGUCUUCAUUGACAGUGGAAACCUUUCAAUUCAUAGGCGAAGUCAUACUGGAGAGAAACCUUUCCAGUGUAACGAAUGUGGCAAGGUCUUCAGUUACUACUCAUGCCUAGCACGUCAUCGGAAAAUUCAUACCGGAGAGAAACCUUACAAAUGUAAUGAUUGUGGCAAAGCCUAUACUCAGCGUUCAAGCCUCACUAAACAUCUGGUAAUUCAUACUGGAGAGAACCCUUACCACUGUAAUGAGUUUGGUGAGGCUUUUAUCCAAAGUUCAAAACUUGCAAGAUAUCACAGAAAUCCUACUGGGGAGAAACCACACAAAUGUAGUGAAUGUGGUAGAACUUUUAGUCAUAAAACAAGUCUGGUGUACCAUCAGAGAAGGCAUACCGGAGAGAUGCCAUACAAAUGUAUUGAAUGUGGGAAAGUCUUUAACUCCACUACAACCCUUGCAAGGCAUCGGAGAAUUCAUACUGGAGAGAAACCUUACAAAUGUAAUGAAUGUGGCAAGGUCUUCCGUUAUCGCUCAGGUCUCGCACGUCAUUGGAGUAUUCAUACUGGAGAGAAACCUUACAAGUGUAAUGAGUGUGGCAAAGCCUUUAGAGUACGUUCAAUUCUGCUUAAUCAUCAGAUGAUGCAUACUGGAGAGAAACCUCAUAAAUGUAAUGAAUGUGGUAAAGCUUUUAUCGAAAGGUCAAACUUGGUUUACCAUCAGAGAAACCAUACUGGAGAGAAGCCAUACAAAUGUAUGGAAUGUGGCAAGGCGUUUGGGCGGCGGUCUUGCCUCACUAAACACCAACGAAUUCAUUCUAGUGAAAAACCUUAUAAAUGUAAUGAGUGUGGCAAAUCUUACAUUAGUCGCUCAGGCCUCACUAAACAUCAGAUAAAACAUACUGGAGAGAACCUUACAACUAAACUCAAUGUGGAAAGGCCGUUAGACGUUGUCCUAACUUCUGGGAUCCCCAAAUAAUUUAUACUUACUGCUAUGGCUUGUAUAUUUGUCCUUUCCCUUUGAAGUCUCAUGUGGAAUUGUAAUCUCCAGUAUUGGAGGUUGGGGCCUAGUGGGAGGUGAUUGGAUGAUGGGGGUGGAUUUCUCAAGAAAGGUUUAGUACCAUCCCCUUGUUGCUGUCCUUGUGAUAGUUCUCAUGAGGUCUGGCUCAUGCCUGUAAUCUCAGCACUUUGGGAGGCUGAGGUGGGUGGAUCACUUGAGGUCAGGAGUUCAAGAGCAGCCUGACGAACAUGGUGAAACCCUGUUUCUGCCAAAAAUACAAAAAAUUAGCUGGGCUUCGUGGGGGGUACUGGUAGUACCAGCUACUCGAGAGGCUGAGUCAGGAGAAUUGCUUGAACCCUGGAGGCGGAGGUUGCAGUGAGCCAAGAUUGCGCCACUGCACUCUAGCCUGGGUGACAGAGUGAGACUCCGUCACACACACACACGCACGCACGAAGGUGAAUGGCACCUCCCUCUUGUUUGUUCUCCUUCUGGCCAUGUGACAUGCCCACUCCCCCUUCACCUCCCACCAUCAUUUUAACCUUCCUGAGGUUUCCCGAGAGGGUGAACAGAUGCCAGCGCCAUUUCCUAUAAAGCCUACAAAAUUGUGAGUCAAUUAAACCUCUUUAUACAUUA